AAUCAAAUGAACGGUUUUCCUUUACAAUUAAAUGAAUUUCACAAUUAAUCAUGGCGAUCUUAUUAAUACGAAGUUAAUUGUAUCAAGUUAACCUGAAUUCUAUUGUACAAUGUCUCAAAAUGGUUUCCCCAAAGUGAAUGUUAUUUUUUUCCUCAACAGUUUCAUAAAAUCCUUACUUGAUAUUCAUUGAUUAUUUUUCUUUCUUCAUCCUUAAUCAUUUUUAUUAUUAUUAGAAAUUAAUUAUAUUUUUGUUCCAAUUGAAACGUCUAACAUCAUCUCAUUGAAUUCUCUAUUAAAAAUGGUUGCAAAAUGUUGUCUUGUAUCUUGUAAACGUCCGACAGCACCUGAUCGAACAUUAUUCAGAUUCCCAUUGGACAGGGCGAAACGCUUAGUUUGGUUUGAGGCGAUUAAUUCAGAUCUACCUGAAGAUGUCACCGUUGAUUGUUUGAAUAAUAAGUAUGUUUGUGAUGUUCACUUUCCAUCAAUAAUGUAUGCCACCUCUGGGAAUCGAAAGCGUCUUUUCUGUAAUGCCUGUCCCUCUGAAGCGAUUGCAAAAUUACCUCGAAUGCCGGAGAGUGUAAUAUUGGAUGAAAAUAAGAAAUCGGUUGGAACUCAAGUUCAUUUUGCCUCAAAAGAGAGAGAGAUUAUCUCUUUAAAGAAAAAGCUUGCACAAUUAACUGCACGAAUGGAUAAAUUAAAAGCUGAUCCACCAACAUCACUAAUCUACAAGAAUCGACAUAAACUCGCUAAAUUUGUCACAGAUGAAGCUUGGCUUCUCUUUGAUUGUGCAGUACAAAAUCAACAAAAGGGUAUUCAUGGUCAUCGUCACACUAUGGAUGUAAAAAAAUUGACCCAAUCAAUUGCCCAGAAAAACAGGAUGGCCUUUAAAAUGCUUAAGCCGAUCUUCAGUCUCCCUUCACUGCGAACCCUGGGCAGAAUGGAAGCCGAAGAAAAUUUAACUCUGACCACCAACACCACCGAAAACAUAACCACCAGUAACUCGAAUCAGCUGAUUGAUAAUUCGAGUCAACCACAAAUCGAGGAAAGUUCAAGUGCCGAUCAUCUCCAAAUGGAUCAAACAUCUCACACGGAAAAUAUCACAAUUGAAGAUCCUCACAUAGGAAAUAUCACAUUUGUUAGUGUUCCUUAUCCACUCUAAUCCUUAAUUGUUUCAACAAUCAAAGCCAAAAAGAAAAACUAAUCUCCAAUUAACUAAUAUUUUCCUUCAUCAAAUUUACAGAAUUAUAUUUGUCACGAUCAGAUUUAUUUCGUUUUCUUUUGUAUCUUGUAACACAUUCAUAUUAUUAUCAAAGAAAAAUUUAUUAAAUUAAUCUUUCAAUUCCAA